UAUAAAUUUGUAACACUUUGAAAGCCCAAAUUAUUGUGCUGAAACCAUGGAUGAAUAUCACAGUUCAGACACCAACGCCCUUGGCUUCUGUCUUCUUCCUUCCGAACUCAUACAAAGCAUCCUCUUCUCUCUGGCUUUGCCGGAAAUCCUUCGCAUGAAAUUAGUCAACAAGUUCCUUUCUUAUCUUAUAUCCGACCAAGAUUUUAUCCGGCAGUGCAACCUACGAUCAAGGUCAGCCACUUGGUUGUUUGUCUACAAGAAACGCUGGCGUCGCGACGCCAUACUCCACGGGUUUUCGGAUCAAUCCAACCGUUGGUUCAAGAUUUGUAUCGAAGAUUUGAUUAAGCAAGUUGUUUUUUAUCCGGAUGAAGAUAUAUAUUUAUUGACAGCAAGUGGGAAUAUUUUUCUGUUUGCUUCCAAUUCUCAAAAGGCAGUUAUUGCCGUUAAUUUGGUUAGUAAGGCAGUUAAAAAGAUCCCUCCAUGUCCAUUAGGUCCACGUGGUACCUCUUCCUGGAGGAGAUCCGGGAUGAAGCUAGUACCCGAAUCAUCGGAUUCGGGUCAUUUCCGGUUUUUGUUCGUCGAACUAGUGGGGAACAGUCCGGUUGUGUUCGAAUACAAUUCAGAGACCGAAAAAUGGCAGUGCAGAGAAGCAAGAGAGGGGAAGGGGAACUUCGCAGGGAAUGAUUGUAUGUUUCUCAAUGCACAUAAUGCACCUCAGGAGAGUUUGGUGGUUGCGAUUGGAUCUGAAUACAUCCCACCACUGAUCCUACGACCAAGAUUCGGAAACAGAGAGCAGCAGGCAAGCUGGGUGAACGUAAGUGACCGGAGACACGUGUAUGGUGACGGACACGUGAUGAUAAUGAGAUCGCGGGAUCAAAGGAGGGCAAAGGUGUUGUGCAGCAUAGAAGUGUGGGGGAUAAGCCUAAGGAGUGGGAAUUGGGAGUAUGUGUCAAAUGUUCCGAGUGAGAUAGUGGAGCAAAUAGGGAAACCUUACGGGGUGAUGAUAGGGUGUUUAGAGGCGAGAAAUGGGAGAAUUCGGGUGGUGUUGAUGUCGAAUUACGAGGGCUCAUGGGACAUUAUUUGGCUGACUUACCAUCAACAGAGCGGCGUAUGGAAUUGGGUGUUGUUGCCUGAUUGCAAGAUGAAAGGGGCUAACUUGGCUGGAAUCACAUUCUCCUCAGGCCUUUCUUUGACAUGAUCUCAUUAUAUGUAUUAGACUUGAAAGAUUUUUGUUUUCUUUGGUUCUGUAAGAUUUUCAAGUUCCUGAAAUGAGGAAACUUUUGUUCUAUACCCUUUUAACUUCAAAAAGAUUUAAUAUAAUUUGAUUAGUACUUUCAAAUGUUUA